CUCGCCGUCUGUGCCGAGCGACGGGAACGAAACGAGAUGGCGCAGUGGGACACGCUCGUGGACGGCGCGCUCGCGAGCCUGGCCGCUAGGAGAGUGCUGCUCAACACGCGCCUCAUCGCCCUCCCGCCGCCGCCGCCGCCCUCCGAAACCAGCUUCGCCGGGCCGGGGCCCUGGGACCGCGCCACCGUCGAGAUCCAGGUCGACCGCGCCUCCAUCCGACAAUGGCUCGCCGCAAAUGGCGAGGUGAGCAGCCAAGAAGAAGAAGGCGAGUUGAACCGAGAACUGAUCCUCUUCUCCGGGAACGACUACAUGUGCCUCAGCUCGCAUCCGGCAGUCCGCGAGGCCGCAGUCAAGGCAGCUCAAGAGUACGGCAUGGGGCCGAGAGGCUCUUCGUUGAUCUGUGGGUAUACUACUUACCACAAAUUGGUGGAGGAGUCACUGGCGAAACUGCAGAGAAAAGAGGACUGCCUUCUUUGUCCCACCGGAUUUUCCGCAAACACGGCCUUGAUGUCUGCUCUGGGCAGUAUCAGCUCUCUUCUGGCUGCCGGGAGAAAACCCACACAGGAUGAGAGGAUCGCAAUUUUCUCGGACGCGCUGAACCACGCCUCGACUAUCGACGGGAUCCGCCUCGUGGAGAGGCAGCACCAAGCAGCAGCCUUUGUCUACAAGCACUCUGACAUGUCUCACCUUAAUUUCCUCCUGUCCAGUUGCCCAAUGGAAAAGAAAGUUGUCGUCACAGACAGUCUGUUCAGCAUGGAUGGGGACUUUGCUCUGUUACCUCAACUAGUCGAAUUACGCAAGAAACACGGCUUUCUGCUGGUCGUUGAUGAUGCGCAUGGAACACUUGUUUGCGGCGAGAACGGUGGUGGCAUACCUGAGCUGUUUGGAUGUGAAGAUGACAUUGACAUAUGCGUUGGCUCCUUGAGCAAAGGAGCUGGUUGCCAGGGUGGUUUCAUAGCAUGCAGCACUAGAUGGAAGAGGCUGAUCCUAUCGCGGGGCCGCUCAUUCAUAUUUUCCACAGCUUUGCCAUUGCCCGUGGUUGCUUCUGUGCAUGCCGCAGUCCACGUCGCGAAGAAGGAGAGAUGGCGAAGAUCGGUCAUCUGGGAGCACGUGCGGUAUUUUGCUUCUCUGACCAAACUCAACGUAACCAGCCCCAUCAUCGUCAUUAUCGUCGGAAGCGAAGAGGCGGCGGUCAAGGCUCACAGGCAUCUUCUGAGAUCGGGAUUUCUCGUCCAACCAAUCAGACCGCCUGUGGUGCCGCCCAACUCAAGCAGGUUGCGAAUUACUCUUAGCUGCGCUCAUACCUCGGAUGACAUCAGAAGGCUUGUUGACGCGCUCGCUCCCUGGCUCCCCACUCGUCAAUAUGCUGAGCAGGGUUGCGCUUCGGUUUCAAGAUUAUGAACAACGACCACUAUUGGUGAUACAAUAAAGAUUAUUAUUUUUUUAUCAAAAGGGAUAACUCCCCCGAUUUCAUUAAAGAAACCAAAUCUGCUUGUGAUACAAUAAAGAUAAUAACUGUGUCAACUCACUAGUUACUACUAUAUUUGAUAUAAUUUCUAAUUGUGUGGAUUCUGUUAUUGUAUAAUUUUCAGUGGCAUUGUUCAACGGGUAUCACUAGUAGAAAACAGGGCUUUCGUCCUAGCCUCGAUCGAGCAAGAGUCCCGAUCGAUUUAUGAACUGGGACUAAUUC